AGUCCGCGCUCGAUAGAAAUGAAGCAACCUGUCUCAUCGAGUUGACCCAGGCUCACAAGGUUAGCCUUGAGCCUCGGGAUGAAGUAGACGUCGGUCAGCUUGCGAUGCUCGCCUCCCUUACUGACGAACAGGAUGGUGCCGCGCCCUUCGAUCUCGACGACGGAGCCGUCGCCGAAUUUCACCGUCCCACGGAUCCCCGAGUCGAGCUCGGAGAACGCAGAUCUAGCCCCGGUCAUAUGGUUUGUUGCCCCUGUGUCAAGGAUCCAUUGCCGGUGCUCGUGUUGCUCGUCCCUUUCGCCGAUCUGAGCGAACACUCGCUCCUCCUCCAGUUGAAUUGGCUCCCCAGCUGGUGCCAUCUUUGCUACGCCCAACUGGAGCUCUUUCUUGGGUUCAACAUCGUCGUCGGAUUUGGAAUCGAAACUGGGGACGCAUGCAGUUACCAUGAAGAGAGCUGGCUCGUCCUCCUCGGAUUGAGCCACAUGGGCCUUUUCGGCCUUCUCCUUAUUCCUGAGCUUGCUCCAGCAAUUUCUGCUCAGGUGUCCUCUCUUCCCACAGUUCGAGCAUUGGAUCGGCCUGCCAUUGGUCGACUCCUUCUUUUGAUUCCCAUCUUUCCCGCGCGUGCGCCCGUGAGACAUCCAUGGCUUCUUACCGCCUUUGCGGCUGGAGGAGGACCCGUUGCUCUCGCCGGUGUUGUCGCGGAGCUUUAGGCGUGCAAGCCAUUCCUCCUCCGU